UCGUCUUUAAUUUUGUCUGCGUUUGAUUUUGAUUCAAAGAAAAAAAGAGAAAGAAAGAAGAAUAAGAGUGUGUAAAAUAUCAUCAAUAAAAAAAUAAAAAAAUUUGGUUCUGCAAUUGUUGAAAAGUUUGAUUCAGAAUAUUUCAAUUUUGUGAAAAGUUAUAUUAGUAAUGGGGAGCCCCGGAUUAAGCAACCGGAUUAAUGGCCAGCAGCGAUUAGGCAUUACCGAGCCGAUUUCGCUGGCUGGUCCUUCAGAGGAGGAUGUGAUCAAAACCCGUGAGCUUGAGCAGUAUUUGCAUGAUGCGGGAUUGUAUGAGAGUCAGGAAGAGGCUGUAAGUAGGGAAGAGGUGCUCGGCAGGCUUGAUCAGAUUGUGAAGAUAUGGGUUAAAACCAUCAGCCGGGCGAAGGGUUUGCACGAUGAAUUGGUGCAUCAAGCAAAUGCUAAGAUCUUCACAUUCGGUUCAUAUAGGCUAGGGGUUCAUGGCCCUGGUGCAGAUAUAGACACACUCUGUGUUGGACCCAGACACGCAAGUCGAGAAGAAGAUUUCUUUGGUGAGCUAUACAGGAUGCUAUCUGAAAUGUCUGAAGUAACGGAGUUACAUCCUGUUCCUGAUGCCCAUGUUCCUAUUAUGCAGUUCAAGUUUAACGGAGUUUCAAUUGAUCUUCUUUAUGCAAAACUAUCUCUCUAUGUUAUUCCUGAAGACUUAGAUGUAUCACAAGAUGCAAUACUACAUGGUGCGGAUGAACAGACAGUUCGUAGUCUCAAUGGCUGUAGAGUUACGGACCAAAUUCUGCGUUUAGUCCCAAGCAUUCAGAAUUUCCGCACAACAGUACGAUGCAUGAGGUUAUGGGCAAAGCGUCGCGGUGUUUAUUCAAAUGUUGCGGGAUUUCUUGGUGGCAUAAACUGGGCAUUGCUUGUUGCUCGCAUAUGCCAACUUUACCCGAAUGCAUUGCCUAAUAUGCUAGUGUCUCGGUUCUUCAGGGUCUAUACCCAAUGGCGUUGGCCAAAUCCAGUAAUGCUCUGUGCUAUUGAAGAAGGGUCUCUAGGACUUCCGAUUUGGGAUCCCAGAAGAAAUCCUAGGGACAGAUAUCAUUUGAUGCCUAUAAUUACUCCAGCUUAUCCUUGCAUGAACUCUAGCUACAAUGUGUCCUCAAGUACUCUGCGUAUCAUGUUAGAGGAGUUUCAGAGGGGAAAUGAAAUUUGUGAGGAAAUGGAAGCAAAUAAGGCUGAUUGGGAUACCCUUUUUGAGUUGUAUGCUUUCUUUGAAGCAUAUAAGCAUUAUUUACAGAUAGACAUCAGUGCAGCAAAUGCUGAUGGCUUUAGAAAAUGGAAAGGCUGGGUUGAGUCUCGUCUCCGUCAACUAACAUUGAAGAUUGAGAGGAAAACUUAUGAAAUGCUGCAGUGUCACCCACACCCAGGUGAUUUUCCAGAUAAGUCCAGACCUUUUCAUAGCUCAUACUUCAUGGGCCUACAACGAAAACAAGGAGUUCCAGUCAAGGAAGGUGAGCAUUUUGAUUUAAAUAGAGCUGUUGAUGACUUCAAGCUUGCUGUCUACCAGUAUGGAUUAAGAGAAAUUGGAAUGGAGAUUCGUGUAUCCCAUGUAAAACGCAGGGACAUCCCAAAUUUUGUAUUUCCUGGAGGGGUCAGGCCUUCACGCCCAUCUAAAGUAAGUUGGGUUAGAAAGCGAAAACGUUCAGAAGUGGAGGUUUCUGGCAGCAAUACUCAAUCAGAUAGUUUAGGUGAAUAUAGAACUGUGUCAGAGGCAGAUAGUUGUCAAAAGAGAAAAUUGGAAAAUGAUAAUCUUAUGCCUCCUGGCAUUGGGGAAGUUUGUGAAGCUAGCCCUCCUUUUAACAAUGUCAGUUCAUGUGCCGCUAAAUGUGAGAAUAAUGUAGAAAUGGCCGCAGAAAAGAUAGAAAGCACAGCUCACACUCCUUAUCAGAAUGGUCAGACUGAAGUGUGGUCAAGGUGCAAUCCACUGAACAACAGUCUAUCUGUUGCUGCUGAUGCAACAAAUUCUAAAGAAGCAGAGAAACUGGCCUUAGAGAAGAUUAUGGCCGGUCCAUAUGUUUCACAUCAAGCUUUGCCAGAAGAACUGGAUGAGCUCGAAGAUGAUUCUGAAGAAAGACAUCAAGUCAAAGACUUUCCUGAGAACAUGAAAGACGGUCACAUCGAGCCUUCAAUCGAGAAAUCUAGCAAUGGAGCUGAAACUUCCACUAGUUCAUAUAAUGGAGGCUUAGAGGAACUUGAGCCUGCUGAACUUAUGGCGCCAUCCAUGAGUGGAACCCCUGAACCUGUGGCACAGAGGAAGCCAAUCAUCAGGCUGAAUUUCACUUCCUUGCCCAAUGUGUCUGGAAAGAGUUCAUAGGUUGAAUCCUCAACGUUUAUAUGUAAUAUAAGAAAACAAAAUUAUUUUUCACUCUGUAUGAAUGAUAAGUUAAUAAAUUUUUAAUUAGCAAGUCACAUUUUUAUGCAUGUGAGAAUGAAAAAUUGUAUAAAACGUAUUUGGCUGUGAGGCUUAUCAUUUGGCAAUGAGCAAUCCUCGAUUUGAGGUCUUUGUGGCUCGUUUUUGUUGGAAAAUGGAAGAUCAUAUGCAAUAUGAAUUUACUGU